AUGAAGGAAAUGUUGUCUUCAAAGAAGAAGUUCAAAAAGUAUGAGACGGUUAGCUUAAAUGAGGAAUGCAGUGCUAUAUUGCAAAAGAAGCUAUCGCAAAAAUUAAAGGAUCUUGGGAGUUUUAUGAUUCCUUGCACUAUAGGGAGUCUGAUGGUAAAUAAGGCCUUAUGUGAUUUAGGAGCCUCAACUAAUCUAAUGCCUUUAUCUUUGUUCAGGAAACUGGACAUAGGAGAGGUACAGUCGACGAUGAUCUCAUUACAGUUGGCAGAUCGUUCUCUCACUUACCCUCGUGGUGUAGUAGUGGAUGUUCUGGUUAAAGUCAGUGAUUUCAUCUUCCCAACAUAUUUUGUGGUCCUAGACAUGGAAGAAGAUGUUGAAAUUCUCAUCAUUCUUAGACGACCAUUCCUAGCCAUGGGCAGAGCUUUGAUUGAUGUUUAUGAUGGCAAGCUUACAUUUCGAGUGAAUGAUGAAGAGGUAAAAUUCAACAUCUUUUGUUCUUCAAAACCCAAUGAACCUUUAAGUUUGUGCCAAGAGAUCAACAAAGUAGAUGGUAGACAUUCUGAACAAUCUCUUGUUAAAGGAAAGGGAAAGGAAAAGGUAAGUUGUUCUGAACAAUCUCUAAAGGAAAGUACAGUAAAUUUUCUCGAAUAUAUUCGUAAGGGAGAUAUUAAGCUGGUGGAUGAAGGGUGA